AUGAUGGGGAUACAGCACCUUCUGCUUCUUUUGAUUUACUUAGACCCGCUGAAUGUCCUGUGCGCAGCCACCGCCAACAAAAAGAGCAAAAUCCCGCCGAAGAGGAACUCCAAGUUGAGGGAGGUCAACGGCAGCACCACCGCGGUCCCGGCGGCCGCGGCCGUCCCGGGGAAGAUCACCCAGGUCCAGGCUCCGUCGAUUGUCCAGCACGACACCUGCAUGGGCUACUACGACGUGAGCGGGCAGUACGACAAAGAGUUCGCCUGCAACAACACCGACCACCGCUUCUGCUGCGGCAGCUGCUUCCUGCGCUUCUGCUGCGCGGACCGCGGCAAGCGGCUGGAGCAGAAGAGCUGCACCAACUACAACACCCCGGACUGGAUCAAAACCCAGCCCCCGUCACCGGCGCCAACAGGUGACACGUACGACCCCGAGCUGGACCAGACCAACACCACGGUGUACAUCACCUGCGGGGUCAUUGCGCUCAUCAUUGCCAUUGGGAUUUCUGCUAAAGUUGCCUAUGAUAAAGCCACCAAGCCCCCUCAGGAAAUGAAUGUACACAGAGCCCUGGCAGACAUUCUGAGGCAACAAGGUCCAGUUCCAAUAUCUCAGUAUGAACAUGAAAACAUUGCAGCGAUUGAUGGGUCCCCCAAAGAUGAGACGCCGGUCAGAACCUCGAAGAAUCAUUACACCCCUGUUCACACGAAGGCAUCAAACCAUGGGCAUUACGGAAAAGACACACUGCGCAGCGGAGGCCAGGACAUGCACAACUUCAUCUCCUCUGGGUUCGUUACACUCGGACGUGGCCACUUGAAAGCGCAGCAGUCCAUAGACGAAUCGGGGCAGAUGUCCUGGCAGGGCGAUCUGGACAUCCCCAUAUCCUACGGAAACCACCACCUUGACUACCAGCAUAGCCACCUGGAUCUGACUGCGCUCACGCCUAAACUGGAGAGACCACAGCGGAUGAACAACAUCCUGACCUCGGCCACGGAGCCCUACGACCUGUCCCUUUCCAGAUCCUUCCAGAACCUGAGCCAUCUGCCGCCCUCCUACGAGCUGGCCCUCAAGUCUGACUUAAGUGAUAAAGAUAUAGAUGACUACUACACGAGGAAGCAUCAUCAUCCUGACUUUGGCGGUCGGGGACCAACCCACAUGGUGAAGCUAAAUGCAGAACCUCAGCAGCACCACCAGCAGCGGCAGCGUCCCCGUCGGGUCCAGAGGGCCAUGUCCCAGGACCACGUCCUGUCUCCUCCCAGGACGCCACGACGUGGAGACUACGGCUUAUCUUCGUACGGCGUAAUGGCAGCUGCAGCAUAUGGAAGCAGUCGCCACCUCUCAGAAGAGCAACUACUUUCAGCGGACCGCCUGCACUCCCAGGAUCCCUUGCUGUCCCCAGCGAUGAGGCGCGACAAGUUCCGGGAGAAGGCCAUGGCGCGAGCGCUGUCUCACGCCGACAUGCUGAUGCCCACCACGCCUGUCAUGGACCGCCACAAGAUGACCAAGAUGCACUCGCAACCCAGUGCCUCUAACGACUCCUACAACACGCUGACGGUCAACCACCAAGUGACCACGUCAAAGCGGCAGGCAUUUGCUUCCCGACGAACACACACGGUGGACCACCUACAGUACAUUCCUGGCCACCACCACACAUACCGCACUGCCAGUAAGAACGAGGUAACUGUUUAA